AUGCAAGGGCCUGCGCCUGACGGCCGUUCCGAGGUUUACGACGUCGAUGCCGUAUAUGACGCGCUAGCGAUGUCAGAGCACAUCGACGGAGGUUUUACGACGUUUGUCAGUGAGUGCGGCAGGCCUGCUCAGCCCCUGAACGCCUUCGUGCUGGGGAUGAAUCGUCCAGGGAUACUGCUCGCCUUCCAGAAUCCGUUGUGUCGGGAGGCGGGAUCCAGUCUGUCAAAUCGAACGUCAGAUCCAAAUUGCAAGCUAAAUAUAAGUGUGACAGGGAGAAAUCCAUCAAAACGACCACGGCACAGCGACUACCUGCAACCUCUGCCAUUGGCAUUCAGCUUGUCGGCCUUCUCUCAGAUGAUCUCUUGGAACGAGGCAAAGCCCAACCGCGAUUUGGACACAGGCGUCGAAGCUGUAAUCAUGACCAGGAUUUUGGGGUCGAUCGGCCAUGUGCAUCAGCUUAUAUCUGAGCUGCGCCUUUCUGAUUUCCGCCCAGACCCAACCAACUCACAUCUCAGUGCAAGAUUUCAGGAGGUCCCCUGCCGAUUCGGAGCGAAUCCAAGAAAUGACCCUCAGCGAAGCGGGAAGCUUCUCAAGGUUCUUGUCAGCCCCGCUUUCACUCAUUGGAGGGAACGGUCAAAGAUCUGGGCAUUAUACAUCAUGCGGCGGCUGCUCCAAAUGCGCAGAUAUGCGGAAGGUAACCUGAUGCGAAAAGCAAUAUUGGCAUGGCACAAGAUGACUUCAGGACUUGUGGCGGCGAACAAUCAAGUUGCUCUCGCCACGUUCGCAAGAUCCCUCCAACAAGAGGUGUUCAUGCGCUGGGUAAAAUUUGCCAGCAAAUCCGCGCACGCGCGUAGUGUGCUCGCCGCAGCGAUUGAAAGAUUAAGAAGUACAUUGAUGUCGAUAACGUGGAAUAGAUGGUGCAAGCGCGUGGGCGAGAUUCACUCGGAUAUAUGCGCGAUCAAGUUCUUCGAGCAUCGCGACAAAGCAGCGCGCUUCAGAAGGUGGCUCGAGCGCGUUGUCAAGGUAACUGCACAACGGGAAUACAUGCAUAUAUGCCUGAAGUUUCGCGAGCAUAAUUUGAUCGUUGCGACCUGGAAUCAGUGGAGGAAGUAUGUAGAUGAUAUAGGGUCUGCGCGUAUGGCGGUAAAAUGGUCGAGGGAACGAAAAAAGAUUGGGUAUUGGCUUCGAUGGCGAGAGUCAGUUGUUGCAUCCAAGAGAGCAGCAUACGCGCUGAAGACAAAGGCGUUCGUGCAAUGGGUUGCACUGAGUAAGAAAGGACACGCCACAAGGAGGAAUAUGUUCUUUGCUGUGCGGUGCCUGAAAUUCUAUACGAUUAAAAUGGCAUUUAAGCUAUGGUGUUUCUAUAUGAGGAACACACAGGUGACAUACGAGCUGGUACAUGAGAUGGAGUCACGAUCGCAGACUUCUGCGAUGACUAUCGCCUGGAAACGAUGGUCAUAUCACGUAGAAUUUGCACAAUGUGCCAAAAAUCUUGCCAGCAAAGCAACUGCAUUUGUUAUCAAGGCAUCCAUGGCCAAGGCAUGGUCAACGUGGAGAGAGUACAGAAUGUCACAUGCGGUGUCUGAGCGAGCAUUGACUUUCUGGGUGCAGUGUUUGAUGCGUAAAGUGUUUGAACGAUGGUGCCAAAUUGCUCGUUAUCGCGCGUUUCUUUGGGAGAUGACAUCGCUUUCACGCGCGCACAGGAAUGCACGCUUGCGCAUGGUGGCAUGGGAUUCCUGGCGCAUGGUGCAAUCAGCAAAUGUGCUCGAUGCAUGCGCGCGGUGUCAUAAAUAUCACUUAUUUCUGACAUCUUCCUUCAAGCGUUGGACUGUCGCCACUACGCAGGCACUCAUUGACAUGGAACACUGGCGCAUUGCGGAGGGUUACAACUGCCGUGCCUUGAUUGGCAUUACCUUUACUCGCUGGAUUGAAACUAUGCACGGCCUGCCUUCCUUGGCGUUUAAAUUGGAACAACAGGAGAUUGCUUUUCAGCACAGGGUUUGGAGGCUUGGCGUUGAUGCUCUUUGCCUCUGGCGGAAGGUUGCAAAAGCGGGAGUCAUGCAUCGCAAAUCUAUUACGUUUGCGGCAUUGUUUGAACGGGGAAAUCGCUUGAAAAAAUAUGUGCGAUCAUGGUACCAAUGGAGCUGGGCGUGUUGGUGCGGGCGUGUGGCAUUGGCAAGAUCCCAGUUGCGGUUGUGGCACAGUCACGUCGAAGAAGAGUUAAUCAAGCGGGGAAAAUAUGAAACAGCGUCAAAGCAUAACAAAAUUCGCCUCCGUCGUCGUACUUUCAUGACUUGGCUCGACACAUGGCUCAUCGGAGCCAGGGUUCGUCUAGCAAAAGCCGUACUCGAUGCAAAUGCACAGAGACGUGCGCUUCGCAAGUGGCGCCAUGUACAACACGAGGCUGCCCGCAUCCAACAAUGUUUGAUUCGCGCUGAUAGACACUACAAAGGACGCGCGCUUAGCUUAUGUUUUUCAGUUUUCGUGCACACGUGGGCGAGACGCAUGUUGCUUCGAGCAUUCUCUUAUCGUCGUCAGCGUCGAAGCACGGUGCUUGUUUUGAGGGGUUGGGGGAAACUGAUGUACGAAGCCAAGGCGGAACAGUGGCCAAGCGCAGAACGAAAUCGAGUCAACUAA